GUGUAAGUAAAAUUUAAUGUUAAACCAAAUACACACCGAGAUUACAUUUAUUAUUCCAGAAGAUUGAAAAUUGGAAGUCCAAGUAGUGUGGCUAAACUUUUUCUUCGAAACUUCGCAUGAUGCAGGCAUAGGGAACAUGGAGAGGGAGAAGAAGAAAAAGAGGGUGCAUGAACCAAAAGUGAUAGGGACACGGGGUUAUUCUUGUAAUUUCCUAGGUUUCUCUGUGUUGCUAUUUAUGAUUACUUCGGUGUUUCUUCUGUUUGUACACUACCAUGCUAUGAGCUCAAGACAGCGGCACCCUUUUCCAUUCCUAUGAGACAACAACACAGAUAAACACCAGCAGAUAAAAAAAAUAAGACCAUAUCUUUUUCAUUUCAUCACUUUGUGUCAUCAGUUUCCAUCACCCUAUGAAUUUUUUAUUUUUUAUUUUAUGAGGAUAGACAAUGGACAUGUUGCAUAUUUGUGCAAAUUUGAGUGUCCUAGGUUGAGUUUGUGCUACUUAUAGAUACAGCAAAGCUGAUUUUUUUUUUUUGGUUGAGUGGGAAUUUCGUUUCAGCUAGGAGAAAAUUUUGGUUAUGAAUUCUCUUAAUUGAAACAGGUGGAAAGAGCUUUGGAGAGAUUAAAGAAGUGGAUUCCUUUUUAGUUAUAGAGAGAGUUUUUGGUUAGUUUGAGAGAUUUCUACAAGUAGAGAGAAAAUCUCUACAAGUUGAAUUCUUUUAUAUUACUUUGUCUAGAAAAUUGAAUUGAUCAUUUUUUAGUUUCGGUUUAAUGUGAUUCUCUUCAGAAGUGGAAGAAAUAGUCUUUUAACUUUUCAACCAUUCUUCAUCUAUUAGCAUGGCUAUGGUGAGUUCUAUGCCUGCAACUCCACCACAGGUCAAUCCUGUGAACUCACUUCGUGAUAUUGGGGUUCCUGGAAUCAUGACCAGCAGGAGAAAAAUUGUAAAUAAGCCUAGUCCAAGUAUGGUUAAUGACACAAUCUAUGUUGCUGUGGGAAAGAAUGUGAAAAGUAGCAAAUCAAAUCUCAUAUGGGCAAUACAGAACUCUGGAGGAAGGAGAAUUUGCAUUCUUCAUGUUCACGUGCCAGCACCUAUGAUCCCCUUGAUGGGUGCCAAAUUUCCUGCUAGUGCGCUGAGAGAGGAGGAAGUUCAAGAUUACCACGAAACAGAAAGGCUAAAAAUGUACAAGACUCUGGAUGCCUAUCUUUCUAUCUGUCAAGGGAUGGGGGUGCGUGCAGGGAAACUACAAAUUGAAAUGGAUUGCAUAGAAAAAGGAAUUGUUGAACUCAUCUCCCAGUAUGGCAUACAGAAGCUUGUGAUGGGAGCAGCAUCAGAUAAGUACCAUUCAAGGAGGAUGACGGCCCCCAGGUCUAAGAAAGCUAUAUAUGUAUGUGAACAAGCUCCAGCCUCUUGUCAUAUACAGUUUAUCUGCAACGGCUACCUCAUACACACAAGGGAUUGCAGUUUGGAUAUAGGGAAUGUAGAGGUUGCAUUUCCUAUGGCGCAGCAAAUGGCAAACUCUGAAGUUGGAGGUUCUCCUAAAUUGAGAUCCCAAUCAAUUGUGCAAGGGCAAAAUCAUGGGAUAAAACUAACUAAUCCAGCUCAAGAGUUAUUUCGUAGAGUAAGGUCUGUCAAUGAUGGACAUAGGAGGAGCCUUGCAUCUGUUUCUGAUGAGUCAUAUGGGCAGUCAGGGAGGAGUCCUUCAGUUUUCUCAAUGUGCUCUCACAGUAUUUCAGUUGAACCAGGAUUGACCCCAAAUUUGAUAAGUGAUGGCAGUGAGAAUGAAUUAGACUUGACUUUGAAUGGCCCUUUUCUGAUUAACAAGAAUCUUCAUCAUUCAGCAUCUCCUAGUGUACUGCAGGAAAUGGAUGGAGGAAUGGAUGAUGCUCUCUAUGAUCAACUUGAACAGGCAAUGGCUGAGGCUGUGAAUUCUAAGCGGGAUGCAUAUCAAGAAACUGUUAGGCGUGGGAAUGCUGAAAAAAAUGCCAUUGAUGCUAUUCGCAGGGCUAAAACCACUGAAAACUUGUAUAAAGAAGAGCUGAAACUAAGGAAAGAACAAGAAGAAGCGGUAGAGAAAGCAAAUGAAAAACUUAAUAAUAUGAAGAGCCAGACAGACAAAGUUAAUGAGGAACUCCGACUUGCCUUAUUUCAGAACUCAUCACUAGAGAAUCAAAUUGCAUCAACUGAACUUAUGAUAAAGGAGUUGGAGCAAAAGAUUAUAUCUGCCGAGAACCUGUUACUAAACUACAAGGAUGAACUAGAUGAUUUGCAAAUACAGCGUGAUAUUGCAGUGGGAGAGGCUGAGGAGUUUAGGAGAAAACAAUGGGAAGCCUCAUCAAGCGCACACAAGCUUCAAUGCUUCUCAGAAUUUUCCUUUCAAGAGAUUAAAGAAGCAACAAGUAACUUCAAUCCAUCCCAGAAGAUCGGAGAAGGCGGAUAUGGAAGUAUAUUUAAAGGUAUCUUGCGUCACGCUGAGGUGGCUAUAAAAAUGUUGAAUCGUGACAGCACGCAAGGACCUGAGGAGUUUCAACAGGAGGUUGAAGUAUUGAGCAAGUUAAGGCAUCCCAAUAUUAUCACACUUAUAGGAGCCUGCCCAGAAUCUUGGACUCUUGUCUAUGAGUAUUUACCCAAUGGAAGCCUUGAAGAUCGUCUCAACUGCAAGGAUAACUCACCUCCAUUAUCAUGGCAAACUCGAAUUCGCAUUGCUACGGAACUUUGUUCUGCUCUCAUUUUUCUUCACUCCAAUAAACCUCACAGCAUAGCGCAUGGUGACCUAAAACCCGCCAAUAUUCUCCUUGAUGCAAACCUUGUUAGCAAGCUCAGUGACUUUGGAAUCUGCCGUAUAUUAUUAUCCUGUCAAGACAGUUCCAGUAACAGUACUACACAGUUUUGGAGGACUGAUCCAAAGGGAACUUUUGUGUAUUUGGAUCCUGAAUUCCUUGCUUCUGGUGAACUUACACCAAAGUCAGAUGUUUAUUCAUUUGGAAUCAUUCUGUUGAGAUUGAUGACUGGGAAACCAGCCCUGGGAAUAAUAAAAGAAGUGCAAUAUGCAUUAGAUGCUGGAAAGUUGAAAUCAAUCUUGGAUCCUUUUGCUGGAGACUGGCCAUUUAUGCUGGCUGAAGAGUUGGUUCGCUUGGCUUUGAGGUGUUGUGAGAUGAAUCGGAAGAGCCGGCCAGACCUUUAUCCAGAUGUUUGGAGGAUACUGGAACCAAUGAGGGCUUCUUCUGGAGUCACAAACACCUUUCAACUGGGUUCUCAAGGGCUAUGCCAACCUCCUCCAUAUUUUAUUUGUCCAAUCUUUCUGGAAGUCAUGCAAGAUCCACAUGUAGCCGCUGAUGGUUUUACUUAUGAAGCUGAGGCUAUACGUGAAUGGCUAGAAAGUGGUCAUGACACUUCACCAAGGACAAAUUCCAAGCUUGCUCAUCGCCAUCUUGUUCCCAACCAUGCUCUUCGCCGCGCAAUUCAGAACUGGCUUCAAAGUCGCUGAUCAAGUUUUUCAUUUUUUUUUUAUCUUCCCUAUUGAAUUGUAUCUCUACUUCAUAUUAAGUUUAUAGGAGAAAUUGUUAUCAUAUCAUUUUUGGUUUCUUUUACAAAUCAUUUUGUAUAGCCGUCAUGUUGUUUAGGUUCCAUUUGUGCUUUAUCUCUCUACCUUCAGUUAUUGUAAAAAGGUAGCAUAUGAUGUAUAUAUGGCUAAACAUUAUUUUACGUAGUUAUCUUUGGCAGUGGGCAAUGCUAUCGUCAAUCUUAAAA